AAAUGCCGUUUAAUAAAUAGGGGAAAAAUGGAUUUACGGAAAUUUAUAUUCUUGGUUUCUCUACUAUUAGGGCUAGAGUGCUUUGGACUUGCUUCAUUAAAACCAGACAAAAACUCUGAGUAUCCAAGAUCAAAUCUACGUUCUGGACUGGUUCCUUUCAAGUAUCCGGUUCUAAGACGACAUCCGGUUUCCCUCUUGGGAGAAAAUCCGGUCUCCCUAAUAACACAAAAUCCGGGAGAACUUUUUCCCAGAUACAAAUCCCCAAAUCCACAUUCCCCCGGUAUACCUGGACAUCUACAUUCCCCCGGUAUACCUGGACAUCUCCAUCAAAUACUUACAGAUUACGUCAAAGAUAUUCUGAUAAACUCUACCAGAAUGUUUUUUAAUCUGGAGAUUGAUCAAACCAGCUCUACGGUCAAACCCUUCCUUCUUCAAGAGAAAACAAGGAAUAUGUUAUUGACGAACUGUGAGCCCUGCUACAACUCGACAAAUCCUAUCCAUGUGGAUUUCUACAGAAAAGAUCCAAUUGCACAGAUUGAUACGACUACCGAAGCUUCUGAGGGAAACAUUGAGAAACUUGUAGAUCUUCUUCAAGAGCAGUCUAGACAAGAUCAUCGUCAAAACCAAGAAGAAGAAAUUAAAGAGGAUAAAACUCCUACAAAAGAACAGGUGGGGUCUUAUAUAUACAGAUGGCUAGGCAGACUUGGUCUUCUAGUUACUUUACAGAAAUUCAAGUACAACGGUUCAAAGGAGGGUGUAAAUCUAAUUGGUGUGCUGCCAGGUCCUAAAUGGGGUUCCAACAUAGAUCAGAUUAUGAUUGUUUCAUGCUACUGGGAUCAGGUUCAGGAUCGGAGUGGGCUUUCUCUGAUGCUGGAAACUGCACGUGUAAUUACAAACAGGAUGAAAGAGAUUGAUCGAAAAAACUCCAUUAUAUUUGUAGCUUAUGAUAAAUCAUUGGACAGAUUUGAGGGAAGUAAAUAUUUUGUGUCCGGGUUUCUGAAUCAGCUUAGAAUAAAAAAUAUCAAGGUUGUUAUUCAUCUUGAGUCUCUUUUAAGUUCUCAGAUAGAAGAUGUAAUUAAACACAACACAUCCCUCACAGUAAGAAAUGGAUCUGGACUAAGGUCAUUUAUUAUAUAUGAUCGUGGAACUAUAUUGGACACAGAAUCUUUUAACCUUUUUGAUAAUUUAAGUUCUGCUGAGUUGAUUCGCAGCUCUACUGUUCUUCUACAGGAUCUAUCAAUUCUCCCAUUUCAACAAUUAAACUCAUACAAAGAAAGCUGGUACAGGGACAGUUCAAGAUUCUGGAUGUUUAAUGAUACAGCAGUUCUCUCAAUAUCAGCAAUUUCUGGAACUAACUUGGACUCCAUGAAAGACUUGACAAACGCCAUCGCUAGUCUAGCUGUUGCAGAAGCUACUAAUACUGAUCUCGACAAAAAAGUUUUAGAUAUAAAUCUAGAAGUUCCCUUGUCAGGCUCUGAAAUAGAACUUGCGGGAACCUUUGCAAAAUUUUUAGGAACCUUGGUUGAGUGGCAGAGUACAAUAGAUGAAAGAAUCCAUGAGCUGACCCAGCUAAAUAUUGCCCUAGAUAAAAAACUAGGAAAUUUGCCAAGACAGAAUUCUUCUCACCCUGACCUCAGAGACAGCAACAAUCUGCCCUUACAGAUAUAUUUGAACACUACUGGAACCAAUCCUUACAUAGCACUGGGGCAUAUGGAAACAGAUACACAAGUUUUGAAGUCUAUUAUUGAAGAGUAUUAUGGAAGAUCCAAUGAUAGUGGUGAACAUGGUGAAGAGAAUUCUCCUAUGAUUAUAAAGAUCUUGAACCCUAAUUGAGUUUAUACAGAUUCUAGACAUUAGCAUUUUGUACUUUUAAUAAUUUCUAUUUAACAAAAAUAUAUAAGACAAACAACA